AUGGGAGAAAAGGCCAGUCUUCUCUUGGCCGUCAGCCAUGCUGCCGCGCAACGCCAGCAAGAAAGCAAUCGCCAACGAGACGCACAACUAGAACGGGAGCAUGGACGACAAGAACAAGUCCUAAAGGCGCAAAGUGAGCAAAAAGAAGAAGAAAAAGAAGAAGCUGAGGCCAGGGAGCUAAAGGCCAAGUCAUUCAAAGAGGAGCUGGAAGCCUGGAAAUGUGUGCGCGACAAGGAGGCGCGGCGCAACUACUUUUCGAGAGCAGAGGUUGACGAGGAAGUUUUGCGGAUGGUGGAGCAAGUAGAUUGUGAGUUUGGGCUGGGGAAGCGGCGGAUGGAAGAUGGGACGGAGGAGCCCCACGAGGAAUGGAGAGAGAGGAUGCUUGUCCUGAGAGCGAGCAUCUACCGCCUGUGGAAUGACAACGAGGAGAGAAUCAGGGGGGCGCUGCCGCGGUAUGUGGAGGGCAGCGCUGUUCGAGACGCCAUCGUGCCACCCAAGUUUGUGGGGGAGCGGAGGCAGAAGAUAUCCGGGCUGGGAGCGUGUUUCCAAUGCCAUGUGCAGGGAAUGGCGUGUUCCAGAGGGGUGAUUACGGGGAGAGGAUCGGGAAAGGCGCUGAAGAGGCAGGGGUGUGAGAGGUGUGAGAGGAAAGGAUAUCGGUGCAUUGUUGAAUACGAGAUGGAGAGUGAUGGAGAGGAAGGGAAACAAGGGGAGAAGAGUUAUGAGUGGGACUGGGUGGAUGAAGCAUCGGACAUGGAGCUGGUGGCUGAGACUUUGGAGAUGUGGAAGCGUCGACGGAGAGGAGACAAGCUGGAAGUGAUAGGGAACAGCAUGCAGUGGGUUGAAGCGGGAGGCUUUGCGCUGCCAGGUCGUGAAAAACCCCAAUGA